AUGGCUAUGAAAAGAAUCUCCAAGGAGUUGAUGGACCUUCACAAAGACCCUCCUACCAACUGUUCCGCUGGACCUGUGGGGGAAGAUAUAUUCCACUGGCAGGCAACUAUCAUAGGACCAGAGGAUAGUCCAUACUCCGGUGGCUGCUUCAACCUCAACAUACACUUCCCCACAGAUUACCCUUUCAAACCACCCAAAGUGGCUUUCUCAACAAAAAUAUACCACCCUAACAUCAACAGUAAUGGGAGCAUAUGUUUGGACAUUUUGCGUGGUCAGUGGUCUCCGGCCCUCACAAUUUCUAAAGUCCUUUUGUCCAUCUGCUCUCUUUUAACGGACCCAAAUCCUGAUGAUCCGCUUGUACCAGAGAUUGCCCGCAUCUACAAGUCAGAUAUUGCCAAGUACAAUGAAACUGCACGGAACUGGACCCAGCGAUUUGCGAUGUGA